AUGGAUACCCCUCAGCGAGAGGUCCUUGCAAUCGCUUCGACCUCCGCCUCAACAAAGCAACCCUCGCUGACUCAACCGCACCAAGAAAAGCAACAACAAUCUGAAAACGGUAUUGAGGUCACUCUGCGCAACCUCUCCCUCUCUGUCAUUCCCCCGCCAUCGAUCCUCACCCGCGUCGCUCGCAAAUUAAAACUCGCGCCCAACCCAGAAAAUCAACAGCAACAACAGCCAACUCAAAAUGUCAACACCAACCUGACGGCGCUCGAUGAUGGCGACGAGGGCAACCCGAUUGACAGCCAGUCGCCAGUCCACACGGUGGUCAAUACGCCUGGCUCCGCCCAGAGGUCCGACCGGGACCUGAGGCAUGUUGGGAUCAACAUUUUCCGGGAUGUCGAUCUCACGGUCAAGCCUGGCCAAGCAGUAUGCAUCAUCCUGGGUGGCUCCGGCUCAGGCAAGACAACUCUGCUGAACACCAUCGCCGGCCGUAUGACUGGUCCUGAGGUGACAACUUCCGGCGACAUUAGAUGCAAUGGGCAAAAGGCCAAAAAGUUCUGGAACGACGGCAGCGUAGGAUACCUCCAGCAACACGACUUUCUGAUGCCGUUCCUGACCGUGCGAGAGACUCUGACCUAUGCCGCACAUCUGCGUCUGCCAAGGACCAUGACUAAACACAAGAGGCAAGAACUAGUCGAGCUCGUGCUCCUUGAACUCGGCCUGAAGGACUGUGCUGACACCAGGGUAGGUGAUCCAGGUGGUGGAGAGAGUGGCAGUGGUGGUAUCCGAGGCAUCAGUGGAGGAGAGCGUCGUCGUGUGUCAGCCGGUAUCCAGUUAUUGACAAACCCCAAAAUGCUUCUCUGUGACGAGGUCACUUCAGGCAAGUCGCGACUGGACGCCUUUUCGUCCUUCGAGGUCAUGAAGACCCUGACAAAGCUCGCUCGCUCCUCUCAAAAGACCAUCAUAAUCUCAAUCCACCAACCUCGCUCGGAGAUUUUCAAGCUCCUAUCCGAGUCUGAUGGUCAGAUGGUCCUCCUGUCGAGAGGUGAUGUUGUCUACAGUGGACCUGUUCGCUCCGUCCUCCCCUGGAUCGAGUCAACUGGCGUCGGUGUCUGUCCCUCGGGUGUCAAUCCCUUUGACUACCUCUUGGACCUGAGCAUGGUCGACUUUGCCAGCGAGGCUAUCGAAAAAGCCACGGCUGUGAGGCGCGAACUCCUUGUUCAAGCCUGGGCUGAUAGGAAGAGGAACCCAAAGUUCGCCACUCUGACCAGUUGGGCUGACAAUGGCGGCGAAUCAUCUACCCUUCAAAGCAACCUUUCGUCGUUUGUUUCUUUGGCUGUCGAUAUUAUUCCUGGCGGUUCUGGUCCAUCUCUGUUGAGUCAGAUUCAGGUUCUAACUUCUAGAGGAUGGCGCAACCAAGUCCGCGAUAGCAUUGUGCUCUGGGGCUGUAUUGGAGAGUGUAUCGUCAUUGGUUUGGCCGUUGGCUGCAUCUUUUACCAGCUGGACGAUUCGCUCGAGGGCAUCCGCUCUCGUACGAGUUUGGUCUACUCUGUGGGCGCUAUCCAGGCGUACUUGAUGCUCAUGAUCUUGAUCUAUCGACUGUCACAGGAGAUUGUCGUUUACGAUCGCGAGAGAAUGGACCGUUGGUAUGGACCACUGCCCCAUCUCGUCAGUAGUGUUCUGUUCUCGGCUAUUCCCAACAUUGUGUACCCUGUUGUAUUCUCGGCAAUUGUGUACUACAUGGCUGGAUUGCGAACGGAUUCGUUGAGCCAUUUUGGAUGGUGGACUCUUGUCAAUGUUGCUAUGCAGUUUGUUACGUUUGCAUUUGCUGUGUGCUGUUCCUCGAUCGUUCGAGGCUUCUCGUCCGCAUCACUCUUCGGCAACGCUAUCUUCGCUUUCUUUGGACUAUCUACUGGGUUCUUCAUCGUGACCAGUUCUAUUCCUGUCUGGUUGCGCUGGAUCAAGUACCUGGCUUAUCCCAACUUGUGCUACUCCAUCCUGGCCAGUAACGAGCUCACUGACCGCCUUUUCACCUGUCCAUAUGUUACACCUACUGGCGCCAGAGAUCUGCUCAUGUGCGGCCCAUAUGAUGGCAACAACGUCCUUCUCAACCAAUUGGACCUCAAGACUAACCACUAUCCUGGCCCUAUUGUCCAGCUGAUCUACUAUUUCAUCGCCUUUCUCUUUAUUGCUUGGUUCGCUCUGACGGUCCAAAUUGUCAACCCAACCUCGAUGGGAUCUGGUCCCACGCUCAUGGACAUCUUCAUCAACCAGGCUGUCAAGAUGUUCUCGCGCAAGAAGAAAGUUACUGUUCGCCAGUCUGAUUCGAGCGCUUCGUCCGAUACAAGUGUGGAUUUGGAGACGGCCAAGCUGGGAGAGACUCGCUUGGAUGUCUUUUCGAAGGGACUGGACCGACGCGAUCCUGUUACCAUACGUGUUGAAGCCUUGAGCCUCUCUGUCUUCUUGUCAACGUCGGAGUGGAGCUUCCGAGGUUUCUUGAGUGCAUUGAAGAAGGAGACGAGGGAAAAGAAGCUCUUGAGAGAGGUUGAUGUCGUUUUCCCAGCUGGAGAAUUGACCGCCAUUCUGGGUGGAAGUGGUGCCGGAAAGACGAGUUUGUUGAAUGCAUUGUUGCAUCGGACGCCUGACAACCUCAAGAUGACGGGAGCCAUUUACUACAAUGACACCAAAAACCCCUCUUUGCGAACUAUCAACGCGGUGACUUCGUACGUUCGCCAGGACGACAACUUCUUGCUCUCCCAUUUGACUGUUCGAGAGACUCUGCAGUAUGCCGCCGAGCUGCAAAUGGACGAGUCCAUUCCAAGAGCGGACAAGUACGCCAAGGUUGAGGACAUUAUCGAUCUCCUUGGACUCCGAGAGUGCGCUGAUGUGAUCAUCGGAAGUGCCGCUGUCAAGGGAUGCUCAGGCGGUCAGCGCCGUCGCGUCUCGAUCGGUAUUCAACUUGUCACCGAACCCUCGUGCCUGUUCUUGGAUGAGCCUACAAGUGGUUUGGAUGCAUUGACAGCCAAAGCAGUGGUUUUGACCCUCAAGCAGAUCGCAGCCAGUGGCAGAACGGUUAUCUGCACUAUCCAUCAGCCCCGCGCCGACAUUUGGCAUGUCUUCGACAACGUUGUCCUGCUUGUGACAGGAGGAUGUGCUGCUUACUCUGGACGCGCCGAUAGGGUCGUUGACUAUUUUGAGGAAGCCGGACACGUCGCCCCUGCCUUCACCAACGUUCCAGAUUUCAUUUUGGACACUGCCUCUGUCAAUCUUCGGUCCACUCAACUGGAAGAGGACACUAGAAAGGUCGUAGAUGAUCUUGUGAAUCGAUUCAACGCCAACAAGAAGGAGAUGCUGGCAUCACAGCUUCUCUCUCACUCGCUCGGCCAGCUGCCCAAAAUCAACCCUCAGUAUGCUCACUUUGGCAAGGCUUUCCCGAUCCUGACGCGUCGUUCGUUUGUCAACACGUUCCGCCAGAAGGGCCUGUACUUCAACAGGGUCUUCCAACCUGUUAUUGUCGCCAUCAUCAUGACCAUCUUCUUUACACCAUUGGGCAACCAGCCCAGCGAUGUCAUCAGUCGCUUUGGUUUGUUGCAACAAACGACUCCCAUCGUCUUUUCAGGCAUGCUCAACAACGUCGCCAUGUACCCUUUUGAGCGAGACAUUGCAUACCGUGAGAUCUCUGACGGAGGAUACAGUCCAACAUCGUUCUUCUUUUCGUUCCUGGUUAACGAACUCCCUCUUGAGAUCUUUGGGUCGUUGGGAGUGACAGUGUUCAUGCUUGUGAUCACGCAGAUGAGGACGACAGUGUUGACGUUCUUUUCGUUCUGGGUCAUCAUGUUUGGUUAUAUCAACACGGGCGAGAGUGUCGGCAUGGCCUUUUCGACCUUUGCUACCCAUGCCGGCUUCAACAUCACCAUCAUGAGUGCCGUUAUCAGCGUGUUCUCGUUCAUGACGGGAUUCAUGUCUCUCAACAUCCCCAAGUGGUUGGCAUACAUUAACCAUAUCUCGCUGUUCAAGUACGGAUCGUUGCUUCUGACGCGCAAUGAGUUUGAGCACAAGGUGUUUGAUUGCUCGCCUGAACAAAUUCAGACAGGAGCGUGUCCUUACCAGACGGGCGAGGAUGUGCUCAGGUUGUUCAACUUCCAGGACCAGGACUGGAACCUGUACAUGGGUCUGUUUGUCACUGUUGUGAUUGUGUAUCGUCUCCUUGCCUGGCUGGUGCUUGUUGCAAAGGUCAGGAGCCACCGGUGGUAG